UUUUCACAAUCCGCACACGUUUCGGCACUUCGAAGCCAACAGUUUUUAUUUCGUCCCUCUUUCAUACUCGCAUCAUCGUAGCUGAAGACUGUCUUUUAAUUGACCGGUAUUCGUCGCUCGGAUGAUCUAGCCUAAUACCAGUUUACUUAUUUCCUUUUUUUAAUAUAUUGUUCGCUGUGCGUGGGUACGAGAUGAUUUCAGUGCCUAUGAACAAUCCCUAUGUAGGUAGUCACAGCGAUGCCUCAUACUUCAGAAGAAACUCUGUAUCGGAGCUGUACGAACGGAUGAAGGAGCACAGCUUACCGAGCGUAAGCAAUCACCAGAGAUCCAUCAGCAAUCAGAAUCUGACCUCGUUAUGCGUGGACAUCUCGCCCAGCUCCAGCAACUUCUUCGAGGUCCUCUACAUAGGAAAGAUCAAGGUGUGGCACAAGAAGGUGCCGGACACGUUCAUAGACGAUGCCCUGCAGAAGUUCAAGCAGCACGACCAGGAGAGGAGCAAGAGGAAACUGAAUCGGCUCAAGAGCGAGAUGGAUUUGAGACGGGGAUCCAUUGAAUCGACGGGAUCCACGAGUUCGACGGAUGGUUGUAGCAUUGGUAGCUCUCAGAUGCCCAAAUUGCAGAGAUCUCUAUCGCUUCUCUCUAAUUUAUCGAUAAAAUCACCAGACAUUGACCGCAAAGUGCCUGUAUGCAUCGAGAGAAUAACGGAGGGUUGCGAUGAUGGCGAAACCGAACCGCAAACUCCGAACGAGCCUACGCCAAAGAUAGACCUGAAGAGCGAUUACUUCGAUGACCACAACAGGACGAUGGUGCUGCAGGUUGACCGCACAGACCUAAGACUGAUCAGCCCUGAUCGCAAAGUGAUCCUCCUACAUAAGCAGCACAGAGAUGUGGCCACGUGCAUCCAGGGGAUCUCGAAUUCGGAGUACUUCGGUUUUAUCUGUCGCGAAGGAAACAGCAUCAACACGUACAUAGGCUUCGUCUUUAAAUGCGAAUCUUCGUCGGUAGCUUCGGAAGCCGUGGCUGCUAUAACUCAAGCGUUCAACAAUAACGUGGAAACCAAAUCACAAGUAAAACCGACGGUUACCUCCUGCGAUCACUGCCCUAUGGUCUGGUACCAUAAACUCUGCUGCGAUAUCGAGAAUCUAUCGGCGCGUAAAACUCAAGCAGCCAUCUUUCGCAAAAUUGAGCAGAUGGAUGAUGAAGAACAAAGUAUUAUAAUGACCAAAUACCAAGGAGCGGAGACCGAUUCGAUUCCGGAGCAAAACGAAUUCUUGAUGAUGCUGCUGAGGGCACACUGCGAGAUGAGGCAGGGCAGACAUGUUCAUGACACUGCCGAAAACAGGUCGGAAUUCCUGAAUCAAUAUCUGGGCGGAAGCACGAUAUUCAUGAAGGCUAAACGUUCGCUUUCCAACUCCUUCGACCACCUGAUGAAGCGGCGCGCCAGCAAAGACGACUUCUCUAUCCCGUCGUCGAAAGAGCUCUCUUUAAACGUAUGCCAUCCUCCGGCGAGCAGAGAAUGUUCCCCGAACGCGGACGCCUCGGAUUCCGAAGGUUUCAGGUCUCGUUCCAGCACCGUCUCCUCCAUGGAUCUGAAAGACCACUGCAUCAAGGAAUCCGCUUCCCCGGAAAGGGGGGCCGGUCUGAAAUCGCCGAUGAUGGACAUCUUUUACAAAGUCGGCAGUAGUCCAAAGUCUCCAGUCCUCGAGUCGUCGCCGCGCGUGGACGCCGGUUCUUGGCGGCAGGCUAUUUUUAAAAGGGUCAUAACGCCGAGCAAACCACGAGUGGACGGAAGGAAGCUAUCGCGUGAAGAGUUGCGUGACCUUUGGCGGAAAUCCAUCCAUCAGGCUAUUUUGCUGGUGAGAAUGGAAAAGGAGAACGCGAGUAUUCGCGCCAAGCAGGAGGAAUCGGCAGUGAAACGAAUCAAAUUGGAAUACGACGAGAUGAGGGAUAAUCCGAGUCAGUUUAUAGAGGUGUGGGAUUUGAUCACCAAAGACGCCAAAAUCGUCUGCGACAAUCAGAUUCUGCUGAACGCCAUCAAGCAGGGCGUUCCCAGAGGAAAACGCGGCGACGUCUGGCACGUAUUAGCGAUUCAGUAUUGCACCAAAGUACCUCCAAUCGACUUGAACAAGUAUCCAAACUACAAUGUACCAUACGAAACGUUGCUCAAACAAUUAACGUCGCAUCAGCACGCCAUCCUCAUUGAUUUGGGGCGCACGUUUCCCACUCACUCGUAUUACAGCAGUCCCCUAGGUCCCGGCCAAUUAGCUCUGUUUAAUCUCCUGAAAGCUUACUCCUUAUUGGAUCCGGAAGUCGGCUACUGUCAAGGGCUUAGCUUCGUUGCCGGCGUCCUGCUGCUGCACAUGGAGGAAUCGCACGCAUUCUUCCUGCUGCGCCACUUGAUGUACAGACGGGACUUACGCAAGCAAUAUCUUCCAGACAUGGUGGGAUUACAAGUCAAACUCUACCAAUUAUCCCGUCUCUUACACGAUCAGCUUCCGGAAAUAUACGCCCAUUUGGAUAUGCACGAGGUGGCGCCUACCCUUUACGCGGCGCCAUGGCUCUUGACCAUUUUCGCCUCACAAUUCCCAUUAGGUUUCGUUACACGUGUUUUCGAUUUGAUAUUCUUGGAAAACGCAGAUGUAAUCUUCCGCGUAAUCCUCGCACUGUUCCGUUUGCACAAAGAACAAAUUCUCGCCUGUGAUACUUUCGAAGAUAUUAUGAACUAUUUCAAGCUUAAGUUACCCGCGAUAGAUAAAUUGAUAUUAUGUAGAAUCAUGAAAGAGGUUUGCACGAGUGAUAUUAGCAAGCAGCUGAACGAGUAUUACGUAGAGUACUACGUUCUUCAAGAAGAGAUCCAAUCGGUGCAGCCUCAAGUCGAAGCUUUCAACAAGCUGGAGGCGCAAAAUAAACAUUUGGCCGAGCAGAACAAGAAUCUGAUGGGACAGUUGGAAUUGGCGAUGGCAAACGUGCAACGUUUGGAUAAGAACAGGGCGGUGCAGCAGAGCUGCAUGAGCAAACUGGAGAUGCAGACGAGGACGUUGGAAGUAACCGUCGCAACGUUGGGCAAUUUCAUCAACAACUUAAUAGAGGAUAAAGUUGAUAUCGAAAUUCCUAGCGACGUAGGAAGAAUAGUCUCACAGUUGACGUUCACUGAACGGAGGAAAAGCAACUCGAACAUAUUCAGCAUGUUCAAAAAGAACGACAACAACCCGAACAAAUUCAUGGUGAAAUCGCUGAGCACAGGCAAGAUCUCGCUGAAUAACAAUAACAACACCAACAAUAACAACAAAAAUAACUUCUUCUCGAAUUCGCACAAAGAUAUUUUGGAUCAGAAGAUGCACAGCAAAGUUGAAAUGAAAAUCAGCAACGAGGAGCUGCUGAACGCAUUGAAUCGGAACGGCGACCGGUCUCCAGAUAGCGGCGUCGCGACACCUCAGGCGCACUCACCGAGUAUCGACACAGCGAACAACAACAGCCAUCAAGACUCGCACCCUCUGAGUGCCGCCUGCGACAUAAACUUCACGUACAACAAAAGAGAGCUUCGAAAAGUGAAGAGCGUCAGAGAUAUGUCACGUAACUCUAGUCCGGUCAAAUGAUGGCCACUUGGCUUUGCACGGAAGAGGAAGGGUUUUCUGUAAAUAGAUUUCGGAGCGAGAUGAUGAUAUUUUGCACGCUGUUUUAUAGACGAUUACGAACUAAAAACCAACAACAACAACAACCUUGUAUUAUUUAUAUGUAUGAUUUAGUUUUUAAGAAGAAACAAUGUGGUGGUGUAUUGAUUAACACGCUCUAGGGUUCGAUUCUUAUUUUACGUGUUUCUUUUAGUUUGAAUCACUUCUGUUUAUAUCCUUUCCAUGUAUUUUUAUUAAAUGUUUACUUUGUUUA